AUGGAGAUGAGCAAGGAUGAUUGGGCAGUCCCAGAGGUUUACUCUGUGGACGAGGCCCUGGACUUCUUGGAUCCGAGUGGAGGGCACGAGUCGGACGACUACGCCCCCUCCAUUCAUGGAUCACCAGGUGGUUCCCCCAUCCUCUCUCUCCUCCGGACGGAGGAGACAGAGCGGGGUCCCGGUGUAAGUCCGGUAGACGGACCAGUGGUCUCUCUCUCCGCCGUCACGGCUCUGCCGUCGAUUGGCGGAAUUCUCCAGGAACUCCCGGAGAUCAUCUCUAAGGCAGCCGCCUGGCGAGAUCUCCGCGUUCCCCCAGCUCAGGAGAGCACGUUUUCGGAUGACAUGUCCGGGGUGUUCUCCCAGGCACAGAGGGUCAGGAGUGACCCGAUCUGGCCACGCUUCCCGCCCAUUAGGAAGUACCAGGAGGGGGCGGCGGCGAACCCCAGGACACUGAGGGCUCCUGUAUCCACGUACGCUCCCCUCGCGAGGGUGGAGGGAUUUACGGAUAAGGGUUUUCCGACCGUGCCGCCUCUGGAGCCGAGCCUCACGACGUUUUUUGGAGUUAAGCAGGCCAGCACGGUUGCCGGACGGCGACCCAUGCUGACUGCCUCCAGAGAUCAGUUUGUCGCCCGACAGACCGACCGGAUGCACCAGUGUGCUUACCAGGCGUCAGCGGCGGCCAACAAUAUUGCGUUGCUGGUGAAUUCCAUGGUACGUAUAGCUGAGCAGUCCGACACCAUGUCCUCAGGGGAGGCUGAGGAGAUUGGUAAGGCGGCCAGCACUGCACUUACCCUGAGCGCCGCAGUUGCAGUUUCGCAGGCGCGGAUUACGACGUGGGCGACUCAGGUCCACCGGUACCUCUGGCUACAGCAGGGAUCUAUACCGGAGGGUGCAGGGAAAGAGCUGAUAGAGGCUCCAAUCAGUCCGGACGGACUGUUCGGACCUCAGUUCCACACCAUGGUGGAGUCAAGGAAGUCUGCAUCGGAGCAGGCAGACGACAUACGGUGUCACGUCGGAUGGCUUCAGCCGGACAGACGUCCCCAGCAACAGCAGCGACAGCAGCGCCCGCAGCACCUGCAACAGUCUCAGCAGGGGCAGCGCGGGCAACGGCGAGAUCAGCAGCGGCGCCAGAAUCGCCCUUCGGCGGCUGCGGGGGCACCGUCCCAUGUCUCCGCUCCUCCGCCACAGAGACAGAGUCUCCAGGCGACGAGUCGGAAGGGAACGAAGAACCCCCGCUCCUGGUCUGCUCCUCCGGCUCCGAGAGAGCCUCCGAGGAAGCAGAGCCGAAAACAGCUGGGCUUGCCGUUUGAGCAGGCUGCCUCUGACCUGUCGGUUAGCAGGCGGCAGGGCUCGCUGCACAAGCCAGCUGUAUAUAACCAGGCGGUUAUUAGACAGCGGGGCUUGACGUGUAAACCUGUUGCCUCUGGCCUAUCGGUUAGCAGGCAGCACGGUUUUUCCUCUGUCCCAGGCCGGGGUGAGAUGCAGUGUGUGGAGACCCCGUCACAGCCCUUUCGGGCGGGGCCCCCCUUGGGUUGCUUCACGAGCAACAGCGGCAAGGGCUCUGGCAUGGCUCGUCACCAUGACUACCACAGCACAACAAGAACAGGUUUGCCCGCUCUCGGAGCAUUGCUCAGAGUGGCGGCGGAUAUGUUUGAUGGACAGAUGGAUGAGCAGGCUGAUCAGCAGAGGGAGGAGCUGCAGGAACUCCUGGUAAAAAGUGCGAUUUCCAGAGUUCCUCAAGGGGAAGAAAAUCGGAGGUUUUACUCCCGUUAUUUUCUUAUCCCAAAAAAGACCGGGGGAAUGAGACCCAUCCUCGAUCUGUCAGCAUUCAACAGGGUGAUAAUGAAAAGACCUUUUCAUAUGCUGACAAUCAAACAGGUGCUGGAAUACGUUCACCAGGGGGACUGGUUUAUGUCAAUAGACCUGAAGGAUGCCUACUUCCACAUAACCAUAAUCCCGAAACACAGGAAAUUCCUGCGUUUUUCUUUCCAGGGAAUUUCGUACCAGUUCAAUCGACUGCCGUUCGGAUACUCCCUGGCUCCUCGCACUUUUUCAAAGUGUGUGGAGACGGCUCUGGAGCCGCUUCACAGAGGAGGGAUGAGGGUGUUAUUUUAUCUGGACGACCUGCUGUUGCUGGCUCGAUCCAAGAAGGAGGCUGCUUUACAGACGGUACAGCUCGUAUCUCAUCUGUCAAGCCUGGGUUUCAUUGUCAACUGGAAGAAGAGCUGUCCUCUUCCCUCCCAGGUUAUCAUUUAUCUGGGAGUGGAAUUGAACUCAGCCCUCAUGAGAGCGCGACUCUCACAGCAGAGAGUGGAGAAAGUGACAGCUCUCCUCCGACGCGUCACACCUCGCAGGGUGGUGACAGCCCUCUCCGUGAUGCAGCUGUUGGGCAUGAUGUCAGCUGGUCACGUGGUGAUCCCUCUGGGACUCCUUCACAUGAGGAGACUCCAGAGGUGGUUUAUUCGCCUGCACAUCGACCCCGUGCGGCAGAAGAGACGCAUGGUGUACAUUCCCCCUUCCGUGGGUUUGGAUUUAGCCUAUUGGAAAAAUCUCCACGUCCUGUCAGUGGGGGUUCCCCUGGGCAGAGUGACGUCACACACAGCGGUGUUCACAGACGCAUCUCUCGCAGGCUGGGGAGGAACGUGCAUGUCGCAGGCAGUGGGGGGACAGUGGCCGGCUCACAUGUCUCUCCACAUAAACGUGCUGGAGUUAAUCUCCGUAUGGAGAGUAAUCCAGCACUUCGCCCCGUUGCUGUUCAAUCAACAUGUGUUGAUUCGGACAGACAACAGAGCAGCGGCGGCAUACAUAAAUCGCCAGGGAGGCGUACGAUCAGCGCAGCUGCUGAGCACAGCCAGGCGGCUGCUGUGCUGGGCGCAAACACACGUACUCUCUAUCAGAGCGGUGUAUAUUCCCGGCGUGUUGAACAGAGGGGCGGACCUCAUGUCCAGAGGAGGUCCUCGCCAAGGGGACUGGAGCCUCCACCCCGAAUUGGUCUCCCAGGUAUGGAGCAGGUUCGGGAGAGCGGAGGUGGAUCUGUUCGCUGCACGCGAGAACGCGCAGUGUGCCCUCUGGUUCUCCCUGAGAACGCAGGACCACCCCCCCCUGGGCGUGGACGCGUUCGCACACAGGCCGUGGCCAAAGGUGUUGUUAUACGCUUUCCCACCAGUCCCUCUGAUCCCUCGGUUCCUGGACCGAGUGCAGGAGGAGAGACUGACAGCGAUUUUAAUAGCACCGGAACGCACGGGAGCGUCCUGGUUUCCAUGCCUACAGCGGAUGCUGUCAGGGAGGCCGUGGGAAAUUCCGUGGCGCAGGGACGCUCUCUCCCAGGUGGAGGGAGCGAUCAGCGGUCACCCAGUAUUGGGCCAACGUUUGUGGGCAUGGCCCCUGAACGGGAACAUUUAGAGGGGAUGGGCCUCUCUAAAAAUGUUAUUAGUACCAUUCAGGGUUCAAGGGCGGCGUCCACCAGAGCAUCCUACACAGCCAAAUGGGCAGCGUU